GGUAUUACGAAACCAGCUAUCCGUCGUCUCGCACGUCGUGGUGGUGUAAAGCGUAUCUCAGGGCUCAUCUACGAAGAAACUCGAGGAGUGCUCAAAGUUUUCCUUGAAAAUGUAAUCCGAGAUGCCGUGACCUACACAGAACAUGCUAAACGCAAGACGGUAACCUCCCUCGAUGUUGGCUACGAAACGAGGUAA